CGCAACACGGACACACGGACUGUGUCGAGUCGAUGCAUAGAUUUCUUGGCUGUUGCUUUUGAGCAAGACGAGAAAGCUGCGAUCAUGUCGUUGGCGAGGGGAAUUUCGAGCCGAACUCUGGUUCGCCAGAGCCGUGCGCUUUUGCGCACAACUCCUCGCGCUGCAACGGCCGCACGAUGCUUCUCUACUGGAAGCUCUACUCGUGCUUCUAUUGGCGCAUCCGAGGUCUCCAAGCUGUUGGAACAGCGCAUCCUUGGCCAAAGCACAAAGGCUGAUUUGGCUGAGACCGGCCGUGUGCUGAGCAUUGGUGACGGUAUUGCCCGUGUCUAUGGCCUCCAGAACAUCCAGGCCGAAGAGAUGGUGGAGUUCGACUCCGGACUGAAGGGCAUGGCACUCAACUUGGAGCCCGACAACGUUGGUGUUGUCGUGUUCGGUAACGACAAGGCCAUCAAGGAGGGUGACAUUGUUCGCCGUACCGGUGCCAUUGUCGAUGUCCCCGUCGGCGAGGAGCUUCUCGGACGUGUCGUUGAUGCUUUGGGAAACCCCAUCGAUGGUCAGGGCCCCAUCAAGAGCGCCAAGCGUAGCCGUGUUGGUGUCAAGGCCCCCGGUAUCAUCCCCCGUACCUCCGUCAAGGAGCCCAUGCAGAGCGGUAUCAAGGCCGUCGACAGCCUGGUGCCCAUCGGCCGUGGUCAGCGUGAGUUGAUCAUUGGUGAUCGUCAGACUGGUAAGACCGCCGUUGCCGUCGACACCAUCCUCAACCAGAAGCGCUUCAACGAAGCCACCGACGAGAAGAAGAAGCUCUACUGCAUCUACGUCGCCGUCGGCCAGAAGAGAAGUACCGUUGCCCAGCUUGUCAAGCGUCUCCGAGACUCUGACGCACUCAAGUACUCCGUCAUUGUGAGCGCCACAGCUUCCGAUGCUGCUCCCCUGCAGUUCUUGGCCCCCUACUCCGGCUGUGCCAUGGGAGAGUUCUUCCGUGACAACGGCAAGCACGCUCUUAUCAUCUACGACGAUCUGUCCAAGCAGGCUGUUGCCUACCGUCAGAUGUCUCUGCUGCUGCGUCGUCCCCCGGGUCGUGAGGCCUACCCCGGUGAUGUGUUCUACCUUCACUCGCGUCUCCUUGAGCGUGCCGCCAAGAUGAGCGAGGCCAACGGCGGUGGUUCCCUCACCGCUCUGCCCGUCAUCGAGACCCAGGCUGGUGAUGUGUCCGCUUACAUCCCAACCAACGUCAUCUCCAUCACUGACGGUCAGAUCUUCUUGGAGACUGAGUUGUUCUACAAGGGUAUCCGACCUGCCAUCAACGUCGGUCUCUCCGUGUCCCGUGUAGGAUCUGCUGCCCAGAUCAAGGGAAUGAAGCAGGUUGCCGGUUCCAUGAAGCUUGAGUUGGCCCAGUACCGUGAGGUCGCCGCUUUCGCCCAGUUCGGUUCCGAUCUCGAUGCCGCCACACAGCAGCUGCUCAACCGUGGUGUCCGUCUCACCGAGCUCCUCAAGCAGGGACAGUAUGUGCCCAUGGCUAUUGAGGAGCAAGUCGCAGUCAUCUACGCCGGUGUCCGUGGAUACCUCGACAAGUUGGACCCAAGCAAGGUCACUGCUUUCGAGGAGGCUUACAUGAAGCACAUCCGCUCAACUCACCAGGAAUUGCUCAACAACAUCCGCGAGCAGGGUCAGCUCACUGACGACCUCGACAAGCAGCUGAAGAAGGUCGUCUCCGACUUCAUGGCAUCCUUCACUGCCUAAUUUCACGGCAUUUAUCCGUGGUGCGCGCGUGUGUGUUCCCGAGUCCUUGUCGUCUUUUUUUCAAAUUUUCACUCAUGCGUGGUCUCGGCCUAUCGCUCUCUAGGUGUAUACAUACUAAUGUAAUGCCAUUGUUUGAAUGCUGUGUGUAUUUAUGACGCGUCCUGGCUUUUCUCCUCCUGCUGCAAGAUAUGAAAUUUUUCAUUCGCUUCCUUUCUGCAUUCGUUUAUAACUUCAGUCAUGCUGGUUCGACCAUGACGGUGUUAGCAGUUUCAUCAACCUGUUCUUCCGUAUUAGUCCUGUAAAUACGAUAAAUUAUGUGAA